AGUUUAUUUCUGUGUAAAAUUAUUGUAAAUAUUGAGGAGAAAUGUAAUCAUUCACAUUUAUAGACAAAAGCAGCAGGCUUGUAAUACUCCAUACCUGCUUAUAAGUAUUUUACAGUUUUUAUUUUUUUGCGCCAUGUCAAGCCAUAACUCAUUAAGAAUGGAUGCAGCAUGCAGUGAACCAACAACAUCGGUGGUCUCCACGUCGUCAGUACCACAAAAAACAUCGAGUGACAAAGCAAUAAAUGAAAACAAAGUCGAUUCACCUAAACGAACACCCAAAAAAUCAAAAAAAAAACAAAGAUCAGAAGUUACAGUACCUACCAUGGUAUUCAACAAUUCAUCAAUUAACGAUGUUUCCAAUAAGUGCCAGAAUUUGCAAAUUGAAAGCGACAGUGAUAACGGGGAGACAGAACAGGUAACCCCGACUACCCCGUCGAAAGGAAAAAACGCCAAGAAAAAGGAACGACUAAAAAAGUUGGAAAUACCUACGGUACCAGUGAAUAACUUUAACAACACAAACAGAGUACAAAAUUCACAGUAUUUAUUUAACUAUUUUGGGUCUCCUAGAAAUAGUACAUUCUCUGUGCAUGAAUAUUUUACCCAACAGAUUACACCAUUGUAUGCAAGUACCAGCUCUAGGUAUUUAGAAAAUCUGUGUCACCAUCCACAAUAUCAAUAUAUGCAGAAUAUCCAACACAUGAGAGAUAUUUUACAAAGCCCAGAGCAUGUUGCUAGUGUACCUAUCACUCCAUUAAUAUUAUCAGGACAGAGAUCAGAACCUGUUUGUAUUCCAAAUUCUACAUUUAUUCAUUCUGAACCUAGCACUCCAAGGUUCAUAGAGAAUGCAUUGCAACACCCCUUAUUGAAUCCAUCAUUUUCAAGACAAACUGGUACAAUACAAAUUGGACAGCUCAGACUGAGGCAUAAUUCAGAAAACAAUUGCUUAACUAAAACUCUUGUAAAUGGUGACAAGAAAUUUGAUGCAUACCUUUCUGGAGAAGAUGUUGAGAAAGGUUUAAAGAACAAUAUGCUUAUUGAAGGUGUUCUGAGGAUAAAUCCAAAACAAUAUCAACAUUCAUAUGUUUCAAGUCAAGACCGGAGUCAACAAGAUAUAUUAAUAGAAGGUAUUAAGAAUAGAAAUCGUGCAAUGGAAGGAGAUGUAGUAAUAGUACAAUUAGUUGAAAAUGAACCUGAAGAAAACGUUACUAAUCCUGAACAAAAAAGAGGGAAAGUAGUUUUUAUCAAGGAAAAAGUUCAUACUAGAACUUGUAUUGGUUCACUCAAAUUAAUGCAUGACAAAAAUAGACAAAAAGCUAUGUUCGUGCCUCGAGAUCACAGAGUACCAAGAAUAAAUAUACCAUUUACUUCAUGGCCAGAUAAUUUUUAUGAAGAUGCCAAGAAAUAUGAAAACACAUUGUUUGUUGCAAAAAUAAUAGAUUGGUCUGAUACAAGGUUUGCUGUAGGAAAAAUUAUGGGUAAUAUUGGUAAAUCAGGAGACAUGGUCACUGAAACAAAAGCAAUAUUAGCAGAAAAUGAUUUAGAUGUUACUGCUUUUGGCUCUGAAUACAAGGAUUUGUAUCCUCAACUUGACUUUACAAUUCCCGAUGAAGAAAUAGCAAAGAGAGAAGACUGUCGGAUGUUAUGUAUCUUUAGUAUUGAUCCAUUUAAUUGCCGUGAUAUUGAUGAUGCAGUCUCUUGCAAGGAACUAGAAAAUGGUAAUUAUGAGAUCGGAGUCCAUAUUUCUGAUGUUACAUAUUUUUUAAAUGAAAACACUCCGCUUGAUGUGAAAGUUGCAGAAAAAGCUACAACAAUAUAUUUGGUAGAAACUGCUUACCACAUGCUUCCAGAUGAUUUGUGUAUGCUUUGUUCUCUAUUCCCUGGUGUAGAUAAACUAGCUUUCUCUGUUUUUUGGGAAAUGACCAAGGAUGCUAAAGUUAUUAGUUACAGGUUUGCUAGGACUGUUAUAAAUUCAUGCUGUCAGUUGGCAUAUGAACAUGCUCAAGAUGUUCUUGAUGACAAAGAGGAUGCUCAAAUAAAAUUUCCAGAAAUGUACAAUGGUUUUGAUUACAAAGAUGUGCACAAAUCAAUAAAAAUUUUAGGCAAAUUGUCAAAUAUUCUUCGUACAAAUAGAUUUGAGAAUGGUGCGUUGAGAAUUGAUCAACCUAAGGCUAGUUUUAAAUUAAAUCCUACUAGUGGUUUACCAGAGUCAUACUGCAUAUAUGAGAGUAAAGAAAGCCAUCAACUCAUUGAGGAAUUCAUGUUGCUCGCUAACAUGUCUGUAGCUACACGUAUUUAUAGUGACCACCCAAAACUGGCAUUUUUAAGGAGUCAUCCACCACCAAGUAAAUAUAUGUUGAUGCAGCUAGAAAAGUCUCUAAAACCAAUGGGCAUAAAAUUAGAUAUCGAAUCGGCUGGACAUCUACACAGAUCUUUACUACCAUAUGUGGGACCAGACAAUACAGAUAAAGGAAGAGCCAUGGUUUUAAAUUUGCUAUGUGCAAAACCUAUGACAAGAGCAAAAUAUUUUUGUGCUGCUGCUUGUGAUGAUGAUGAAUUUCAACAUUAUGCUCUGAAUGUGCCCCUGUACACUCAUUUCACAAGUCCUAUUAGGAGAUAUGCUGACAUUAUGGUUCAUAGGCUAUUAGCAGCAAGCUUAAAUUAUAGAGAAACUCCAGCAUGGCAGGAGGAUGAUGUACGCAUGAUAGCUGCUCAAUGUAACAAACAGAAGUACAAUGCUAAAAAGGCUGGUGAAAUGUCAACAGAAUUGUACACUUUAAAGUACAUUGAACUUAAUUCUCCCAUAGUCACUGAAGGUGCUGUGGUUGACAUUAGGGAGAAAUAUAUUGAUGUUAUCAUUGUUUCCAUGGGCCUGAACCGGAGAAUAUUUUUCAAUAAUGAUUUUCCUGGAGAGUAUAAGUGUAUUAGACACGAAGAACUUGCGAAGUUGGCUCGAAUGGAACUGAAAUGGAAACCGGUGAAUGAAUUGCCAGAAACUAAGCAAGUAAUUGGAGUUUUCUCCAUUAUACAAGUUGAAAUGCACAAAGGCGAUGACAUGGUAAAAAUCGAAACUAAAUUAGUGCGACCCCAAUAGUUUACAUUAUAUUAUUUUACUGGUUUUUUUUAUGACGACGACAACAUGACGAGGGUCUUCAAAAUUUCCAUUCGAAACCUGAAUUUUUUGUAAUGUUACAAUUUGUAACAGUAAUUCUAUUUCUAGAAAUUAAGAGAGUUUAAUCCGAAAUCUUAAUUUAUUUUUAUAAAUGAAGUGAUUUUAAUGAAAUUUAGUGUUAAAUGAAAUCGUUCCUUUCGAAAGCUCUUUACUCUAGAAUUUAUUGGUGACUGCAGUUUUUAUAAAAUAUUUAAUGUUUUUAAAAAGAUUAUAUAAAUGACUAAGUUGUUUGUAAUUUAAUAUAUUUGAAAAUUGUGUAUAAAAUUUUAUUCCUGAUUAGACCAAGAAGAUGGAUCUUCUAAUCAUUUUAGCAUUAAUUGAAUACUGUGUUUCUUAUUUUGUAGUCUGUGUGUAGACAUAUUGUAUGUAAUUAUAAUAUUCUGACAAUGUUGUAUUAGGAUUACUAUUUACAAUUCAUAGAACUGUCUUAAAAACCUAAAGCAAACAAGUCUUUAGGCGUUAAAUAUGAUAAAUGCAUAAUAAUAAUAAUAAUGAAAUAAUGUUUCAAAUAAAACAUACAUAGAUAAUUGCAUAAUAAAAAAUUGAAUUCAUUAUAUUCAAGAAUAAUUGAACUGUGAAUUUAUGUGCUUUACAGUUUUGAGACAGCGAAUUUUUAUUGUUUAUUGUAAGCCUCAUGUCAGGCUCAAAAAAUAAGGGAGCGCUCAAUUCGUCUAUAUUUUUGUUAGUAUUAAUGGACUAUCUCAAUAGCCCACAGCAAACUGAAGUUGUA